AGAAAAAAAAAGUAAGACUUGUCUACAGAGCCUCCUGUCGUCGUAGUAAACUACUCUCUACUCUCUAGGCGUUAACCUUAUCACCAGCUUUAAGGCAAAAACUCUGUGUUUACUCUGUACUGCUCAACAGCUUCGGGCUCAGGAACUGUCAGUUUGUUGUUUCCUGAGAUCAGGUGCUUGAUGGAGUCCAAUCUGACCACUCGAAAUAGAACCCGGACUGGAGACAAACCAGGUCAGUGCACUGUCAUGAAGAAUCCACAGUUUGGGACAUUUAAGCUGGUGACUGGAAAUGGGACCAGUGUGGGCACAGUCAUGACCUUAAGUUGCCAAAUAACAUUUAAAGCCUUCAGCGGUGGCCACGUUUCUUGUGUUCAGGACAGUAACGGCACACAAUGGACCGGGGGUAAACCCGAGUGUAGACCAAUCUUAUAUGAAUACGAUGGAUUUCGUCUGGCUGUUCUUCUGUCCAUUGUCAGCGUAGCCAUCAUAAUGUUGAUGAGCAUAUGGUUCAUCACUUCCUGUUUGCUGAACAUUGUGAAGAAAGAGAAAAUGAAACAACAUGAAAGGCAAAGAAAUGAGCAACUAUGGCACCAAUUAAAUGUAGAGGAACAGGGACAUUCUUUCUACAAUGGUAAUGAUAGAAUGACCAACAACAACAACAACAACAACAACAACAGCAGCAGCAGCAGCAGAAACAGUGCACAGAAACAACAUCCAAGAUCUCAUCAAUUAAACUUCCCAGAGCCUUUAUCCAUCCAGCUCUCACAGCCUACCUUGGAACAAAUGCCCACACACUGCUCUGUAUAUAAUCAGAUACAUUAGUUGGAACAAACAACCAUGUAUGUUAAAUUUUUCAACCACUGCCUGUGGUGACUCUGAUAUGACUUUAACUUGGUCUAAUGUGAUACCAACAACAUUAAGCAUACAAGAGGCUCAGGUCUCUGCUGGGACUGGGCGACUGAAUGAGUCAGUUUAAUAAAUGAAAUGCAAGAGGCACAGAUGCGUGCCGGCAAUACAGCAUAGGUCAAUUAUGAUUGUAAAAAAAGCUUAUAUGGAAGCCUUGCUGCUGUCUGUUACCGGAGAGGCUUCAGCCUUCAAACUGUGUGUUUGUGUUUUCAGAUGCAACAAACUAUUAUAAAGUGUACAUUUUACCACUACCAGAAUGACAUUACAAAAAUGUAGAAUUCUCAAAAAGAGCAUAUUAUUAUUUUUUGGUCAAAAAGAACGACCAAAAACAACAAUAAAAACAUGUGAUCAUG